CAGAGAAGGCGCUGCCGACUAGCGCGGCUGCCUGACCGGGCGGCUCCCUCAGACGCCGUCUUCACCUUGGCCCUCUUUCUUUCCUCUCCUUCUUCGACUUUCUCUUUUCCUUAAUCACUUAACUUCUGUCUCCUGGUGGACUUGGGCCACUUUGUCCUCCACCCCCACUGUAGCUUGUCGCCUCCUCUUUCUUCCUUCUACAUCUCUCUCCUCGCCCUGUUCUCUCAGCAUCACGCUCCCUUCUAGUUUUGUGCGUCUGCAAACUUUUGAACAGAAUACUGGCCUCAGCAAACAAGUCCUCCAGCUCCUCCUGCUGCUCCUGUUCGUUCCUGCGGCUUCUCCUCAGACACGAACGCCAGACGGCGAUUCCUUUUGGGUUGUGAUUCCAGCGCAGAAACUUGGAGGAAUCCUUUGAUCACCGUCCUACUUGGCAGCAAACCCUCUGCUAGCGGCGAACGACCAUGUGUAGCGGAGCGAGGCUGGCCCUCCUGGUCUACGGGAUAAUAAUGCACAGCAGCGUGCACUGCUCACCUGACACCACCGGACUCCAGUUUCGUGGGACCAGGUCGGAGAAGGAUGCGUAUGACGAAGCGUACGACGAGGACGGAAACCAGCUGCAGAACUUCUAUGACUUGGAGCCGCCGGGCGUAGAGAGCCCAGCCUCUGCGCCCCGGGAAGCCGAAGUGCUCGCAUACCCGGGGGAGACGAGAGAUGUCGCUCACGUGAUCCUUAGCAAGGCCUACCGCAAAGUGCUGGACCAGCUGUCCCGCAAGAAAUUACUGCAGAAGCUCGUGGCCAAGGGCAUGGGUGGGAUUCGAAGCGGAGACACCAAGGACGACUCAGAUCCUCUCUCCAAGCGCCACUCGGACGGAAUCUUCACGGACAGCUACAGCCGCUACCGGAAACAAAUGGCUGUCAAGAAAUACUUGGCUGCCGUCCUUGGGAAAAGGUAUAAACAAAGGGUUAAAAACAAAGGACGCCGGAUAGCAUAUUUGUAGCGAUGAGUUACCAGCUACCCUGUGGUGUAUACAACCCUGACACAAUGAAAAGUCAUUCUUCCCAACAAACUGAACAGUCACCGCUCAUGUGUUCUAUCCAAACAUGUAUUUAUGUAUGAAGUGAAGCCAUUAAAUGAAUAUUUUGAUAAUAAUAUUGUUUUUCUUUUUACAAAGCACUAGAGAAUGCACAGAUAUACUUU